CGGCAUGGAUGAGCAGAGCCCCCUGAUCAUCUACCCGCUGAGCACAGAGGAACACCCCAAUAAUGGAGCCGCCACCCGCAAGGACAGUGCCCAUCGAUCAGGCACCAAAAAGCUGUCCACCUUCUUGGGGGUGGUGGUGCCCACCCUGCUUGCCAUGUUCAGUGUGGUCCUCUUUCUCCGGAUCGGAUUUGUGGUUGGUCAGUCAGGCCUAUACGAGACAAUAGGCAUGCUGAUACUCUCAUAUUUUAUCAUCGGAAUGACUGUGCUUUCAGUCUGCGCCAUAUCAACAAAUGGAGCCCUGGAUGCUGGUGGAGCUUACUAUAUGAUUAGUCGUGCAUUAGGACCAGAGUUUGGUGGCAGUAUUGGUGUUAUGUUCUUUUUUGCAAAUGUCUUUGGAAGUGCCUUAUAUAUUUUGGGUCUGGUGGAAACCAUUGUGGCCAUGUUUGGAAUACAACCAGGACAUGAUGUAAAAAGUGGAGUCCAUGUUUUGCCACAGAGCUACUGGUAUGAAUUUCUGUAUGGUACAGUCCUACUCUUCAUCUGCCUCCUUGUCUGUCUGGUUGGUGCCAGCAUCUAUGCCAAGGCCACUUUUAUCAUUUUUAUUGUGGUCAUGGUUGUCCUGAUCAUUGUCUUUAUCAGUUUUUUUGCUGUGAAGGAGAAGAUUGUUCCAAUUAACACAUAUGGCAAUAGCAGCAGUGCCUUAAAUGGGACCUUUACUGGCUUUAGGCUUUCCACACUCAAGGAUAAUGUGUACCCACACUAUGCCCAAGAUUACACUACGGGAAGAAUGAUGAGUUUUACUACCGUCUUUGCUGUCAUGUUCAAUGGCUGCACAGGGAUUAUGGCUGGAUCCAACAUGUCAGGAGAUUUGAAGAGCCCAAGUUACUCCAUACCCCGAGGGACAAUUACAGCCGUGAUCUUCACUUAUAUAAUCUACAAUCUGUUGGCCCUGAUGGUCAGCUGCACAUGCGACAGGACUUUGUUGCAGAAUGAUUAUAGCUUCUUAAGGGAUAUUAACAUCUGUCCACCUCUUGUCACAAUUGGGAUCUACUGUUCUACUCUCUCAGCUUCCAUGAGCAACCUUAUUGGAGCUUCUCGCAUCCUCUACGCAUUGGCAAAAGACAAGCUGUUUGGGAAUCUCCUAAUGCCAGCAAAUGUGACAUCCCGAGGAGGUAACCCAUGGGUAUCUGUCAUCAUUUCCUGGUUCUUGGUUCAGCUGGUGCUCUUUGCAGGAAAACUAAAUACCAUUGCUGCAAUUGUGACCAUUUUUUUCCUGCUGGUAUAUGCUGCAGUAGGACUUGCCUGUGUGGCACUAGAAUGGGCAUCCGCACCAAAUUUCAGGCCAACAUUCCGUUACUUCACUUGGUACACCUGUAUCCUUGGAAUUGUGGGAUGCGUCACCAUGAUGUUCCUUAUCAACCAAAUCUAUGCAUCUGCUAGCAUAGUCUUUAUGUUACUCCUACUCCUGUGCCUACAUUACUGGUCUCCAGGCCAUAGUUGGGGCUAUAUCUCUCAGGCUCUCAUCUUCCACCAGGUACGGAAGUAUCUUCUCAUGCUGGAUGUACGAAAGGAUCACGUCAAGUUCUGGCGUCCCCAGAUUCUCCUCCUUGUCUCCAAUCCAGAAAAGCAUAAGAACCUCAUCAUCUUUGCAAAUGAUCUGAAGAAAAGUGGACUAUUUGUGCUGGGCCAUGUAAGACUGGAAGAGUUAGAUGUGUUGCCAUUUGACCCUCUGCAGCCACGGACAGACUCCUGGCUUAAGCUGGUUGAUGAACUGAACAUCAAGGCUUUUGUUAACCUAACACUGUCAGACUCUGUUAGGUAUGGGGCCCAGCAACUGCUCUUUAUCUCUGGACUAGGAGGAAUGAGGCCAAACACUGUCAUUCUUGGCUUCUACAGUCGCUCCACACCGGAGGAUCUGGUAAGGAAUGACCAGGAGCUGCAAGGACCUACUCCUUUUGUGUACACAUCAACAGGCCGGAGGCCAACUUCUGAGAAUUUCUCUUCGUGGGAAUACGUUGCUAUUAUAUCGGAUUCUAUAAAGAUGUCCAAAAAUGUGGUGCUGGCAAGGAAUUUCUCAGAGCUUGAUAGAUCUCAUAUUUGCAGCUUGAAGGGCAAAGACACCUAUAUUGAUGUGUGGCCUCUGAACCUCCUGCGACCAGACAGUGCCACUUAUGUGAACACCUGCAGCUUAUUCCUUCUUCAAAUGGCUUGUGUAUUGAACAUGGUGCAUUCUUGGAAAAAAGCUAAGCUGCGUCUGUUUCUGUGUGUAGAGAGAGACAGUGGCCUACGUGGCCAAGAGGUGAAACUGAAGCAGCUGCUGAAAGACCUCCGUAUCAAGGCCUCCAUCCACACAGUAGUUUGGGACGCAGUGGUUGCACUUCACUGGCACAAGCAGGCGGAAUUUGCAGACAUUGCAGAAGAAGUCUACCUGAAUUACCCAAACAACUCUAUCAAAAUAUCAGAUGACUAUUUGGAAGCUGUGAAUCAGAUGAUUCUGGGGCAGAAUCCCACGGCUCCUCCAGCUGUCAGGUUCUUGUAUCUCCCACGGCCUCCUGCAGACAGAGCUAUCUACAACAGGUUCCUUAACCAGGUGGAGGCAGUAAGCCGAAACCUGGGACCCACACUGCUCAUUCAUGGAGUUACUCCUGUGACAAGCACUGAGCUCUGAUACAUUUAAAGAGCAUUAACUAUGCAGCAAGCAGGAAUUGGCUGUGCCCUUUAUAAAAGGCAGCUUGUUUUAUGCACCGUGUAUCCAUGCCAAGAAACCCAGACUGACCUCACUUUAAUACAGACAUAUUCAACAGAGUGUGAGGCAUGAUCAGUGAUAUGAAUAAGGAAUGAAUUUUGUUUCAAUCUGGUUCUUAACUCUGGGAUAUAAGAAAACACUGA